GUUUGGGGGGCGGCGGAGGGGCCGGGCCGGGCCAUGGCUGCGCUGCUCAGCACCUUCCCCUGGCCGGAGCGGCUGGAGGGGGGCACGGCCGAGGGGCUACCCCCGGGCCCCCCCCCGCGUUGUCCGCCGGGGGAAAAAAGCUCCGAGAGCCGAAUCCGGCGGCCCAUGAACGCUUUCAUGGUGUGGGCGAAGGACGAGAGGAAACGUCUGGCCGUGCAAAACCCCGACCUGCACAACGCGGAGCUCAGCAAGAUGCUGGGCAAGUCCUGGAAGGCUCUGAGCCUCUCGCAGAAGCGUCCCUACGUGGAGGAGGCCGAGCGGCUGCGGGUGAAGCACAUGCAAGAUUACCCCAACUACAAAUACCGGCCCCGGCGGAAGAAGCAGGUCAAGCGGAUCUGCAAGCGGGUGGAUCCCGGGUUUUUGCUGGGCAGCCUGACGCGGGACCAAAACGCGGUGCCGGAGAAGCGGACCUGCAGCCGGGCUGGGGGGGAGAAAGAGGGGCCGGGUGAGUACUCGCCUCGCCCGGGGCUGCCAACUGUCCGGGGCUACAGGGAGGCUCCGGGCAGUGGCAGCAGCACCAGCGUGGACACAUACCCCUACGGGCUGCCCACCCCCCCGGAGAUGUCUCCGCUGGACGCCAUAGACCCUGAGCAGAGCUUCUUCUCCUCGCCCUGCCCCGAUGAGCAUCACCGCUCCCACCUCACCGGAGCCACCUACUCCCCGGAGUACGCGGGCAGCUCCCUCCCGUGCAACCACCACCCCCUCAGCCCCAUGCCGCAGCCGGCCACCUGCAUGAUCCCCGCCGCCUCCAGCUGCCCUCCCCUUCCUCCUCCUCCUCCUCCUCCCAGCUACUAUACACCCGCCUUCCCCUCCCUGCACCCCCCUAGCCUCCAUGCCCACCUGGGCCAGCUCUCCCCACCGCCCGACCACCACGGCUUUGACACCUUGGACCAGCUGAGCCAAGCCGAACUCCUGGGGGAGAUGGACCGCAACGAGUUCGACCAGUAUCUCAACAACCCCGGCCACGGCGACCACCACGGCGGGGUCUUGGUCAACGGACACGUCCCGGCGUCCAGCAGCUCCCACGCCUCCGAGACAAGCCUCAUCUCCGUCCUCGCCGAUGCCACGGCCACUUACUACAAUAACUACAGCGUCUCCUAGAACCCCGGCCGGGGCCGCCUGGACCGGCCGAGGAAGGACCCGACACAGUAUUACGAGGCGUUGCCCCCCCUGGGGACAUCGCUCACCGCCCCUCAGGGUGACCAAGUCCGAACCACGAGGGCCGUGGAGUCUCCUCGGUGGCGUAGGUAAAGGAUUUCGAUCGUUGGCUCAGCGCCGGUGCGAAGCCUCGGGCGUCCUGCUCCGAACGGGGCCGGGAGGGAUUUCCCAAUGGCAAAGCCCUUUGGCCAAGUCCCUCUUCCAAAGCAGAGAUGCUGCUGGGAGCGUGGGAAGGCUGCCCUCCCCCCCUCCCCCCAAUUCGGGGCGCCCCCAGCUCUGCUUUGGAGUCGGGAGGGCGGCAGCAUCCCACAAAUGGCAGAUCUGAAGUCCCCGCAGGGGUAAAAAAAACCCUGGAAGGGGAAAAGGCAGGGAUGGGGGUUGAAAAAUGGAAGAUUUUGGUAAAGGGGCACACCGUCUGCAAGCGUAUUUUGCCCCGCUCUCAGGUCUUGGUGUCAGUGUUGCUGUGGCCACCCUGACCUGCCUGACCCCACCGCCACCAGCGGUGGUUAACCCCCCCCCCCCAGCCCCCCAAACCAGGAGUUGGGAGCUUCAUCCCUCAGGACAAC